AUGGUGGGCGCCAAAGGAAUUGAGCGGGAAGCACAUAAAGGAAGCCUGCAGUCCUGUUCUCCUCAGCGACUUCAGUCUCCCAUCAGCCACAACUCUCAUGAGAAUAAGCCACCCUAUAAAAGCACAAGUUGGAGAAAGCCUGUCCCCACACGGUCGGAUGAAAAGGAUGUCCAGCACCACGACUGGUACAUUGGAGAAUACAGUCGCCAGGCUGUAGAAGAGGCAUUAAUGAAGGAGAACAAGGACGGUACUUUCUUGGUCCGAGAUUGUUCCUCUAAAUCCCGAGCAGAGCCUUAUGUUUUGGUGGUGUUUUAUGGAAACAAAGUCUACAAUGUGAAAAUCCGCUUCCUGGAGAGGAAUCAGCAGUUUGCCCUGGGGACGGGGCUCAGAGGAGACGAGAAGUUCGAUUCGGUGGAAGACAUCAUCGAACACUACAAGUAUUUUCCUAUUACGCUGAUUGAUGGGAAAGACAAAACCGGUAUCUGCAGGGAGCAAUGCUACCUGAGUCAGUCUCUCCCCCUCCACAGGUGCUUCUCACCUAGGUAG